AUGGAACUCAACCGAGAACAUUUUCGCGUCAUAAUUUAUUACAACUUUCAGAGACAAUUAUCGCAACAAGAAUGCCUUGCUGAGUUACUGUCUGUUUUCGGCAACGAAGCGCCACAUCAGUUGACAAUUUCCCGUUGGUAUGGAGAAUGCAAACGUGGACGGGUGAGUCUUAGCGACGAUCCCAGUGUGGGUGCACCAAAAACGGCAAUCACCCAAAAAAACGUCGAUGCUGUGCGCAAACUCAUCAUUGAAGAUAGACAUGUGACAUAUCGCGAGAUUGAGGCGUCCUUGAAGAUCUCAAAGAUCUCAAAUCAAAAAAUGUUACAUGAAGAAUUAGGAGUAAGAGAAUUAAAUGCAGCCAGGAUUAAUUGGUGUCAAAAAACGCUUGACCGUUUCAAUUCCGGAAACUCAAAAAAUGUGUACAGCAUUAUUUACUGUUAUAAACCAGAAAAUAAACGACAGUCGGCUGUUUGGCCAACAAAAGUCAUCGGUUCUCGAAAUGUUUCGAAAAAGAUGGUUGCGACAGUUGUGUCAAAAGCGGGUCAUAUUGCAACAAUUCCUCUUAAUGAGCAAAGAACUGUCACUGCGGAUUGGUAUACCACCAUUUGUUUGCCAAAAGUCAUCACCGAGCUUCGAAAAAUCAACUCCAAAAGAAGAAUCAUCCUCCACCAAGACAAUUCAAGCUCGCACACAGCCCAAAAAACAAGGCAGUAUUUAACAGAAGAAAACGUGGAAUUAUUGGACCAUCCUCCAUAUAGUCAUGAUCUAAGUCCUAACGAUUUCUUUACUUUUCCGAAAAUUAAAAACAGACUGCGUGAAGAAGCAGCUGACGCAUUCAAAAAUGCCGUUGUGGAUCUGCCAGCAAACGAGUGGAAUAAGAGCUUCGAAAAUUGGUUCGAGCGCAUGAAGAUGUGUAUUAAUCUUCGUGGAGAAUAUUUCGAAAAACAAUAA